UGGUCUCACAGCUCCAGUGGCUGGGAAACACACCCGUCAGCCACGCGCUUUGGAGAGAGGAGAAAAAAAAAACGCAUCACGGACAAAGGAAAAUAUGGAUGCACCGUGGAGCAAUGAUUUCAGCUGGGAAACGCGAUGGUUGAGCCUCUCCUGUUCCAUUCACCGGGAGACCAAUUAGCCCACCUUCAUGAGGUGCUGGGAUGCGAGAAGCUGCAAGCAAAAAAAGGCGGAAGGCUGCGUUUAAUCCGUCUGUGGAUCCUGUGAGCUUGCCAUGGCUGUGACGGGGGCAUGCAACUGGAAAGGGAGGAAUGUGCCUUUUAAUUAUUUCGUGCUGUUUUCCUUAUUUUGUGGCCUUGCGUUUGGACAGCUGCGCUAUUCGAUCACGGAAGAACUGGAAAACGGAGCUCUGGUAGGUGAUCUGGCGCACGAUUUGGGGCUGGAUAUUCGAAGGCUCUCCACCCGUAAAAUCAAGUUAACCUCCAUCAGCGGGAAGCGCUACGUGAUUGUCAAUCCCAAAAACGGGAAACUGCUCGUCAAUGACAGGAUCGACAGAGAGGCGCUGUGUGAUUUCCCCAACCCCUGCAUCAUUGAUCUGGAGGUGAUGGUAGAGAACCCCACAGAGGUGCACUACGUCAAGGUAGAGGUUGUGGAUGCAAAUGACAAUGCGCCGCAGUUCAACAGAGAUGAGUAUCAAUUGGAAAUAAUAGAAUCUGCUAUGCCGGGCUCUCGUUACCCGAUUGAAAACGCUGAAGAUCCAGACAUUGGGUCCAAUUCUGUCCGCAUGUAUCAGCUCAGCACAAACGAGAAUUUCGCGCUGGUAUCGAACAAACCCUCCCUCAACACAAAGCACAUAGAGCUAGUCCUGAAAAAGCCCCUUGAUCGCGAGCAGACGCCUUACCACCAGUUAAUUCUAAGUGCUGUGGAUGGUGGAAUACCUGAAAAAACAGGGACAGCAAAAAUCAACAUCCGGGUCUUGGACUCAAAUGACAACGUGCCAGUGUUUGACAGCUCGGUGUACAAGGUAAAACUGCUAGAAAACUCACCCAAAGAUACCCUGGUAAUCAAGCUGAAUGCUACGGACUUGGAUGAAGGCACAAAUGGAGAGGUUUAUUACUCUUUUAGCAGCUACACCCCAGAGAGAGUCAGGCAGAUGUUCAGCAUGGACACAAACACAGGGGAAAUAAGAGUGAGGAGCAAUGUUGACUAUGAGGAAACCAACUCCUACGAGAUGUACAUCCAGGCAAUGGAUAAGGGCCCAGGUGCGGUUGCGGCCCACUGUAAGGUGGUUGUAGAGGUUGUGGACGUGAACGAUAACGUCCCUCAGAUAGUGCUGUCGUCUCUCUCGAGCCCUGUGAGGGAGGACGCCCGCGCGGACACAGUUGUGGCCCUCAUUAGUGUCACUGAUCGAGACUCAGGCACCAACAAGCAGGUGACCUUAGAGAUCCCAGCAGGCCUUCCAUUCAAGAUCAAGUCAUUCAGAAAUUACUAUACCCUGGUUACCUCAGCCUUCCUGGAUCGCGAGACCACUGAUGCCUACAAUGUUACUCUGAGUGCCACGGAUGGAGGGAACCCUCCCUUAUCUUCCCAGAAGACCAUACAAGUGGAUGUGGCAGAUGUUAAUGACAACCCGCCACGUUUCGAGCAGACCUCAUACACAGUAUAUGUGACUGAGAAUAAUGCCCACGGGGCCUCUCUGUGUACUGUGAAAGCUCAAGAUGCAGACAUCAAGGAGAACGCACGCAUCACCUACACAGUGCUCAAUGACAACAACCAUGGCAUUCCCGUCACCUCAUAUGUGUCUGUGAAGGCAGAUACAGGGGAGGCUUAUGCCCUGCGAGCCUUUGACUAUGAGUCACUGAGAGAGUUUCAUUUCCAGGUCAAAGCCCAGGAUGGGGGCAUUCCUCCACUCAGCAGAGUCGCUACCGUCUACAUUUAUAUAAUGGAUCAGAAUGACCAUGCUCCACUGAUAGUCAGUCCUCCUGGCAAUGGGACACGCUCCUUGGAGACAGUACAAAAGAACGCAGAGCCUGGUGCCUUGGUGACCAAAGUGGUGGCAUACGAUGCAGAUGCCGGUCCAAACGCCUGGCUGGUCUAUGUGCUGGAGACAGCCACGGACCUCGACCUGUUCAAAGUGCACGAGCACACCGGAGAGAUCCGGACCACUCGGAGGAUCCUGGAGGAUAACUCCACUUCUUUUGCUCUAACAGUGGUGGUGAAAGACCACGGCGAGCCAAUUCUCUCCUCCACCGCCACCAUCAACGUGGCAGUCAUGGAGGUGGCACCGAAGGUGGCGCCUGACACCAAGAAGGUCAUGCGACCUCACGCCACAUUGUUCUCAUUCUCAAACGUGACUCUUUAUCUUAUCGUGGCUUUGAGUGCCACAACAUUUGUAUUCCUGGUCACCGUGGUGGUGCUCGUCAUUGUCCGCUGCCAUGCCUACUGCACCCAACCUGGUUCCUGCUCCCCUUGCUGUGGGUCACAGAAGCCUCCUCCAGAUGGCGGGAGCAGCAGUGUCAGUGCGGGCGGGGGAGGCGGUGGAGGGGCCGCGGGACAGCCUAAUAACAACGUGGUGCUUCGAAGAGACCUCAAAGUGGAGCCUCAUUACAUUGAGGUACGCGGGAAUGGCUCCCUGACAAAGACAUACUGCUACAAGACCUGCCUCACCGCCACCUCUGGCAGCGACACCUUCAUGUUCUACAACACUGGACGGCCAAUCAGCGGCACCUGGGGAAGCGGCGCUGACCGUUUCUUCACUAGUGGAAGUGGAUUUGUACGAAGACUGAGUAUGCCCGAUGCCUCUCUUCAGAUCUGCCCAGAGCCAAAAGCUCCGAAUGCUGACUGGCGAUAUUCUGCAUCUUUGAGGGCAGGGGUGCAGAGUUCUGUCCACAUGGAGGAGUCCUCGGUGAUGCAGGGUGCCCAAGGAAUGCUGGUCCAGAACUGGCCCACUGUCUCCAGUGCUGCAGAUGGAGAGGGUGGUGGCGAACUCUCGCCCCCAGUGGGUGCUGGAGUCAACAGCAAUAGCUGGCACUUCCGAUACGGUGCUGGACAAGGCUACAUUCCUCCUCAGCCCCUGAAACCGGGAGAGAUUCCACCCGAAGCCUUCAUUAUCCCCGGAUCUCCAGCCAUCAUUUCCAUCCGCCACGACGCGGGCCCCGUGGAUGACAAAGGUGACUUCAUAAGCUUUGGCAAGAAGGACGAGGCCAAGAAGAAGAAAAAGAAGAAGAAAGACAAGAAGGACAAAAAGGAUAAGGGAAAGGAUGACAGCGGGGAUGAUUAGAGCAAAAAGGAGGUGCCCAAAAAGCAGAGCUACCACUUAAUCUACCGUCCCAGUUUCAAAGCCAGAAAAAUAAACCAAAUGCACAAUAUAACCAAGGGAGCCCCUUUGUACCAUGUUUGCAUAGACAUUGUACGCCGGCCAAAGGCUCAUUUGAUCAGCCAGGCUCUCACACUAACUGAAAUACAAAUAUUUUUAAUCCAACGGCUGGACCAAAUUAAAACAGAAACCAAUUCAUUUGUUAGAUUAGCCUUCCUGGGAUUUACCAUCCAGUCCCCUAAACCGCUAUCUGCUUUGUACAACGACAAUGCACCACAGUUGGUGCUCUAUUUGUAUCUGACCACCGUCAGUUGAAGCUGCUGGUGUCAACGUCUCUGGCACCUGUUUAUUUCUUGCCAAUGUGAAGUGAAAGCCAGAAUAGAAUGAGCAAAACAAAUGAAGUAGAAGCUUUCAUCUUCAGCAGUACAGAGGGCUUGUAGGAAUUCAGAACCUAAGGUCUUUUGUAAAAAAAAAAAGAAAAAAAAAAGGGAAAAAUAAAAAAAGUCCUAACAUUUCCUGUAUACCUACCAGGGGAUAAGCACCUUUUAAGAGAAUGAGGUGGCUGAGAGAAGCUGGUGCACACUCGGACAGAGCUGUGCUGUAAUGGAGCAACGUAUCGGACAGGCUGAGGACCUGCACUGGGUUGCACUAACUAUCCCGCAAGUUUGUCCCCAAGUUAGUAAGCAAGUGGCUUCAUAACUGCUAGUUUAUUUGGAAUUAGUAAGUUACUGAAAUUGAUUGUACAGAGUUAGUUUUAUGAGUAUUUUGUCAGCAACAGCCAUAUGUUGCUGACGGGUAAAAACGGAUUUGUGACUCGACUGAUGGGAAAAUAACACACAAUGAUUAAAAGAUAACGGGACUUUUUUGACAUGUUUUUGUCCAUUCUCUGCAAAUUAUUCUUUGCUAACAAUUUUUCAAAGCUGCUAAAAAAUUUCUUUUGGUUGUUUGUAUGUUUUAUGCAUUUAUUUCUUGAACCGGCCUGUAAUAUAAACUUGCUAGAUAUCAAAAACCUAAGCCAAACUUGGUUUUACUCUCUUACUGCCUUAGAUUUUUUUUAAUAUUUUUAAAUCUGUCAAGCAUAUGCUAAAUUAAAGAGAUUGGUUACUCGAAUAGGGGACAUUCAACAGAUGCUAAUUCAACAAUUUACUAUGGAGUGUGUGGAAUAGGCAUCCACCUGUAUAAUUGGUAUACAGCUGCCACCUUAGCUGCAUUAAGACUGGAAGCAAGUUUGAGGUAAAUUUGCAACUAAGGGUUAAACAUUUUUCACGAUAUGUUUUUUGUCACAUCAAUAUUUAACUUUUGUAGCAUAUUUCACAAAUCUAAAUGUAUACAUGAUAGUUUAGAUCCAGCAUCUCCCGCUAAUCUGAACCCCAAACAUAAUGGCUUGAACGCAGCAUCUCAGGCAACAUUUCAAACUAGAGUUUGAUGAAAAGGACAAAUUAAAAAAAUGUUAAUUUUCAGCUGGUUGGCAGUGUAACAUAAUGUGUAGAAAAUGGACAGAAACAUAAAACCUCACAGUUUAGGGUCUUUGCUAAAUCGCUAAUGCAUAAAAUGUGCUGUUUGCUAACAAAUAAAUGGGGAGGGGGGGGUUGCUAAUUUACUGUUAGUGAGUGCAGUUGUGUGAUUAUGUAUCAUUUGCACUUGCUUUAUUGCUUGCCUAAUUAUAUAGUUGUUGCAUAGGGUUACGUUGAGGCGGGUUUUUGUGGUGUUGCUCGUCAAGCGGGAAUUGGAAAGAAUUAGGGAAUCUACAUGCAGCUCAUUCGGGCGACCCCGAAACCUCCCUCUUAAAACCUGACACAGGUCAAUGUGGUCUUAACAAUACACAGAGGCAGUCACAAACACAGACUCUUCUGGCCUCACUCGCACAUACAAACAUAAAUCAAACACACAGACUGUCCACACAAAAGGACAAAUGAAGAAUCUAACCGGAAUCGAGAUCCCCCACGCUUCUUUCUGGAAACUCAAGAACCGAAGGCCAGCGCUUAAUACGAGAGUGUAUUAUAUGGCUCAGAAGCAGGAAGGUUGCUUGUCGCUUCAUUUCUGUUCAAGCCCCGAUCCCUCCGCUUCUGUCUUUGAAUGUUAAGUAGUUGUUCUUCAAGCUCUGCACCGCUGCCUCGACUGCUUCAGUGCUUGUAGGAUUCGCUCGCCCCUGCUGCCUGUUUCCUCCCUCGACUCCUCAGAUCUACAUGGUUCGACGGUAUCUUUCCAGUCGCUCUCCUUCAGUGAACUGUGCAGUUGUAACAGAGUAUAAAAUUUGUGUAUAUUCAUAUAGCCACGCAUAACGCCGCGAGACUACAACGCACCACGCUCGACAUUUACAGCCCCUUUUUCCCCUCGGGUUCGGCUCCGUCUCAGACCGAGCCCCGGGCGCCUCCGCCAGCGAGUCCCUCCUUCUGACUGCUCAUUGUCGACAGCUCCGUCACCUCUCGCAGGAGCCGUGCACUUGGCUAAGUGAAGACGCCUGACCGGUUAGAAGAAACUCACAUUAGGAUCUUAUGAUGGAUAGGCAAAAGAAGAGGAGUCCAGAAAGGAGCAAAAAGUGUUGGUCCAGUGCAAAAGAAAGGUGAAUCACUGGGCAACUUGGUCGUCUUUUGCAUGAGUAGAGCCAUCGAAGUAUCUUGAUCAGAACUUGUCCGAACUCACCAAGAGGAAAGAGGGUGAAGCACAGUUCAAAGCUGAUGGAAACUAAGGUUUUGAUUAAUUUAAGAAUUGGGGCGGGUGUUUGUUGUGCAGGUACUGGUGGUCAUUUUGGAGGGGGGGGAGGGGUGGUUAAAUGAAAUACUGCUAUUAUUCCUGCUGUUAUUAUUGUUGCUUUAUUGCUUUGCUGAAACAAGGUUGCCCAGAAGUGCCAUGUCGAGCAUCAGACUUUAGCGGUGAUCAAAACGUGAACCACCGUUGGCCACACAGACUGUUCAAAGCAGCAGGUACUAGAACGACACGAUCAAAAGCGCCGUAAAACCUCACCUCAGUGUUCCUUCCUUCAGACCAUCGUAUUUGCCAAUCACCGCUGGGGUAUUUACAUUGGUGCUGCUACACAGCCCGGUCGCUCCCAUCUCUCUGAACUUUCUGCAGACGUCCUUCUGUGCUGUCAGAUCACCAAGUGGCUGUUUGCAUGUUGUAAGCAAAGGAAACAGAUUCUAUAUAGAUACUAUAUAUACAUAGAUAUGUUUUUUUUUUUCUUCCCUCCAACGUGUAUUGGAAUACAUAUAGAUCCAAUACAAGAAAAGAAGUUACACACAUGUUGAAAGACUUGCCGUCAUCCAUCCAAGUAAACACACAUCCAGUUCAUCAAGACACACUAUUGCAAAACAGAAAAUUGUGGAAAAACCUAAAAGAAUCACAUUUUUAUCCUGCUGACAACGACUUUAACCUUCUAGAUAUAAAUGAUGCUAUUGUGUUAUACUAUGAAAGGCCUUUUUUUUUAUGUUUUUACCCGUAUGAUUUUCGUAGCUGAGAAAAUCAAUCCUUAAACUUCUGUUGAGCUUUGUAAUGAUCAAACAAACACCGGUGUGAAAUUUAACCAUUUACUCAUCUUGCAUAUUUGUCUGUUGCCCAGUAGAGAAAAAAAAGUUUAAAAAGAAGAAAAAAAAGUAUAUAAAAAUAUAAAAAGUAAAAAAAAAAAAAGAAGAAGUAAUAGUAAAGUUGAUGUACUCUCUGCUUGUGUAUAGUGAAUGUUCCUCAGUCGCUGGGUGCGUGAGCUGUGACUGGCUCAAACCGGUCCACUGUGUCCGUACAGAUCUGUUCAUGACUUUUUUGUACACCUGCUAAUCAUUGUUGCAGUGAUAAUAGUGGUUCUUAUGAUUUCAUCAAACUGGUAAUGUGUUUUGUUAAGAAGUCACAAAUAAAGUUUUUAUCUUAAAUAUCUUA